GUGAGAACGGAGAGGGUGUGGUCAACUGCGAAACUGAAAAGAGGCGGAGAAAGAAGCCGAAAACACGCAGGUGGAUCAGCAACUCCCUGCGUCAGGACAUGUAACAUAAAUUUAAGGUGCAUCUUUGCCGGACACAGCCUGGAUCUGUCACACUUGUUGUGAAGAAGUUUGAGAUUCAGAGAAGAGCAGUGGUUUGUGGGGAGGCCACGUCGCUGCGGAGCCAACAUGGAUCUGUCUCGGGCCGUGUGUGAUUAAGGAAUAGCUGUCAACUGGAAGAGAGUUAUUGUGUUUAACGGCAGCUCGGCCGGGUCAUGCUGAUGGCCCAGGACACUCAGUGGCUGUACGAGCUCCUGGUCGAGGUCCAGCUGGAGAAGUUCUACCUGCGCGUCAGAGAUGGCCUCAACAUCACCCGCGCUGAGCACUUUGCCUAUGUCAAAGAGUCUGACCUGGAGCAGAUAGGGAUCAGCAAACCUGCACAAAGAAGAUUAUGGCAUGCUCUGAAAUGCUACAAGAUAAAUUUACGAUCAGCGCUGUCGCCUCCAGGCCAGGAAGGGGGCAGCCGGGCGCUGCCCUGUCUGAUCCAGGCCAACGAGCUGAUUCUGGGGGAGAAAAUGGGCUCCGGGUCCUUUGGGGUGGUGAAAAGAGGAGAGUGGCACACAACCACUGGGAGAGUGCUACCUGUAGCAGUAAAGUCUCUGAGGAGCAGCAUGUCGAGGCAUACAAACACACUGACAGACUUCCUCCAAGAAGUGACCACCAUGCAGUCCCUGGACCACCCCAACAUCAUCCGACUCUAUGGCGUGGUGCUCACACAGCCCCUGAAGAUGGUGACAGAGCUGGCCCCCUUGGGCUCACUGUACGACACCUUGCGCUUACGUCAGUAUGAGUACCCUCUGGUCCGCCUCUGGCUCUUUGCUACCCAGAUCGUGGCAGGUAUGGAUUACCUGGAGACCAGGAGGUUCAUCCACAGGGACCUAGCUGCGAGAAAUGUGCUGCUGGCUUCCAGGGAGAUGGUGAAGAUCGGGGACUUUGGCCUGAUGAGAGGCCUGAACCAAGAGACGGACCACUACGUCAUGUCGGCACACAAACGGAUUCCGUUUGCAUGGUGUGCUCCAGAGAGUCUUCGUGUCGGCUCUUUCUCUCACGCCUCAGACGUGUGGAUGUUUGGUGUCACCAUGUGGGAGAUGUUCACCUACUGUGAGGAGCCCUGGUUUGGUCUGUCAGGCCGACAGAUUCUGUGGCGUGUGGAGCGGGAGGGCGAGCGCCUGGAGAAACCACCGGAUUGCCCUCAAGAGUUGUACCUUGUCAUGAGGAAAUGCUGGGCCUGUAACCCUGCUGACAGGCCCAGCUUCGCCCUGCUCACCUCAAUGGUGGCAGAGGCUAAACCAAUGGAGGUUCAAGCAACAAGGGACUUCGCUGAACCCAGAAAACUUGCACUUCAGGCCAGCGACCUUGUUACCGUCAUAGACCAUGGUCUGGAGCUGAGUGAGUGGAGAGGCCAGAACCAGAGGACGCUGGCAGUCGCCUGGUUUCCUGCGAGCCUCACUGCACCGUCUCUCUCUGCUGCUGCUCCUGCAGCGUCCGCUGCUCCGAGCAUCUCCGGGCCCAGCCCUGCCCCUACCUCUGCCCACAUCUCGGGCCCAGUGAAGGGAAAUCUGCAACACAGUGGGCAUGGAGAUCUCAACCCCGACCGCUGCCGGGGAACGCCAGAGGGCGCGGAUGACAGCUGGAGACUGGGCCCCACCAGGGAGAAGGAAGGGUCCAAUCUCAAGAAAAUGGCAGGUUUGUCUCAGAGCCUGGAGUCAGUCUUGAAUGGACCCCGACCCAGGGCACACACAGUAGGGAUGGUCAGAGUGGAUCAGCAAGGCAGACUGAUGCCCCCUGUGAUGGGAGGUCAGAAUAUCGGGCAGGACCCUCGUCGGUUCAGUGACGCCAGUAUCAGCUCAGUCCCCCCACCUCGACCACCACUCCCCAACCUGAAGCGUUUGAAUUUGAAAAAUCCAAGGAAACCCACAGUUCCACCACCCCCUGGCACCUCGUGGCCUCCUCAGGCAGCCCUGGCUCCUCAGAUGCAGCCACAGCUUCAACCUCAGCCGCAGCACCAGUUUCAGCAGGGAGGCUCCAACCUGGCAAAGAUGGCAAACAUGGCACGCUCGACUCCGCAGCUGGACGAGUUUACAGACAACAGAGAGCGGGAGCGAAUCCGAGAUCGAGAGAGCUCACCUCAUAUGCAUAACACGAGAGACAGUCUCGUUGCACAGGUUAUGGAGGCAGUACAUGGAGUGACCAUUGAAGAGGUUCGUACUGCACUUCAGCGUAAUGACUGGAACCCAUUGCGGGCUGAGCAACAGCUUAAGCUGGAACAGCUGUACUCCCUGAGCCUGGACUGUCUGAGGAUCCUGUCCAGAUACCAGUGGAACCUGCAAGUGGCUAGCCGCUACCUGAUCCGGUGGUCUCGGGACGACAGGCCCGGCCCGAGCGACAGAGACCGACCUUCAGUUAGCGCAGAGAGAAGAGUCUGAUUUGACCUUUAUAAAGUGUGGAUGAUUGACUUUUUCAGCAACAUCCUGCUUUCCAUCGACACGCUUUGGCACUGGAAACUGUGCAAUACAACUCCCAUCCACCACUCUGAUAUGGAAACAUAUAUGGGAGGUCCAGUGCAUAUAAGAGUAGGAAAAUGAAGAUUGAUGCACAAGAAACAAUUCAGCGAAACAACGUAAUGUUUCUAACUAGUUUUUUAUAUUUGUAAUUAAAUUGUUUCUAGCUCACUGUGAUUUUGCUAAUAGUUUUUUUUUUUUUUUACCUCAAUGAAUGUACAUAUUGUAUUAGAAAUUGUUUUCUGUA